CUGAGCCGCUUGUCGGCCGGCAGGGGCGCACACGUAUCCUGAAAAGGAUGAAAGAGAACGAAAAAAAUCUCCUCCCCUUACCGUGGUUCCUUCUAGAGGCCCCUCGCCGCCGUCGAAACCCAAAAGGGGAUAGAGUUCGCCGAGGCCGCUUUAGCCGGUGGCGGCGCCAUCGCGGGUGCUCCACCGUGAAGCUAGUGACGGAUGGACGCUGAGGGAAUGGAGUUCCUACUGGAUGCGGUCGACAGGUUCCCCGUGCGGGAGGAGUUUGCUGACAGUCUUGACAACCCAGAUCCAGUCCCACUCGCGUACCUUCUGGAGAAGGGGGGUUGCAAAUCCGGAGAUUGGUUGGGAAGAAGAUCAUUCUGGGAUGGCUGAAAUGGUGUGCGAAGGUGUGCUUACUGACGCUCAAGGUGGUGCGCAGCAUCGGCGUGAUGAAUCUCUGACGAGGUCUGGCCAAUCGACGGGCAGGGUUAAUCCAGAGGCCUCAGGCUGGACUAAAAGGCUUCAUCUUGGAAGUGCGCCACCUGACCAUGUGCCAUGUCCAUUAAAAAUGAGCGCUCUCGAGCUGUCGAUCAGGAAAUAUGCUGAGCAACCUGACAAGAGCGUGGUGCGACCUGAGCUAGGGCUUAGUUUCGAUUCGCUGGGAGAAGCGUAUGAUUUCUACAACUUAUAUUCAUGGGAAGUCGGUUUUGGGAUAAGAUAUGGGAAAAGCAGGCUGAACGCCAAGAGAACAAAAAGCAUGCAGGAGAUAGUAUGUGGUUGCUCGGCUGAACGCCAAGAGAACAAAAAGCAUGCAGGAGAUAAUAUGUGGUUGCUCGGGGAAACCGGAUGCCGAAAACAGUAGGUCUUGCAUGUGUGAGUGUCCAGCUCCGAUCAGGCUCCUACGUGCAUCAGACAACAGUUGGUACAUCAUAGAGCACCGAGCAAGCCACAAUCAUUCCAUGUCGCUAACAAUGGGUGAGAAAGUUCACUGGCCGUCUCAUAAACACAUAGACGUGUACACCAAAGAUUUGAUAAGACAACUGAGGGAGAACAACGUGAACCUGGGCAAGGUAUACAGCAUAUUGGAAGCUUUUUUGGUUCAGUUGAGAAGGUGUCGUUCACGAAAAGGACACUAAGGAACAUUUGUGGGAAGAUUAGUCGUGAACAAGCUGAGGACGAUGUACGAAAGACACUCCAGGUGUUUGCUGACAUCUGAUCAAGCGACCCUGGUUUCUCUUUUGUAGUUCUUGCCAAAAAAGACAGCAAGGUGAAGAAUCUAAUGUGGGCUAAUGGAAACAGCUGUAUGCAGUACAAGUUCUUUGGCGAUGUGGUGACAUUCGACACCACAUACAGGACAAACUUGUAUGACAUGCCGUUUGGUUUGUUUGUUGGAGUUAACAAUCACUACCAGAGUAUCAUCCUGGCAAACGUGUUGAUGCGUGGCGAGCAGGAAGAGAGCUUCGAAUGGGUGUUCUCAGAAUUCCUUCGCAUGAUGGGCGGGCCUCCUCCAAAAACAAUACUGACAGACCAAUGUAGGGCCAUGGAGGUUGCAAUCAAGAAAACCUAUCCAGAGACUGUGCACCAUUGGUGCAAGUGGCAUGUUCUGGAGAAAGCGAAAGAAACACUAGGGCCAUUGUACACAAAAAAAAUAAUAUCGAGCCAUCUAUUCUAUAUCUGUCCCCGGACGACGUUAGCUCA